AGGCACAAGCACCAGGCAGCUAUAGGGGUGUUGAUUAUUUGCCCAAAAUUCCAACACUGAAAAAUGGAAGAAGAAUCCUACAAGAAAUACGAAGGAUGCACCGUUAAAGAAUGCGAAGACAUGAUUCAAAGAAGUUUACGGACUCCCAUGGUGAAAUUUUUGAUGGAGUACAUGGAUAAAGCUGGGUGUAGGUUAGGUGAUAAUUUUAUCAAAGCAGUUCAUUGCGAACAACAAAUGGCUGGAGGCUAUCUUCGUGGCAAUGGAGUAAUGGUGUGUAGCAGCCAUAUGAAAAUUCAAGACGAAGUCAAUCAAGUAGUUAUACAUGAGCUUAUUCAUGCAUAUGAUGAAUGCCGUGCUGCAAAUUUGGACUGGUCAAAUUGUGCCCAUCAUGCCUGUAGUGAGAUUCGUGCCGGACAUCUAAGUGGUGAUUGCCACUACAAACGAGAAUUGCUGCGGGGUUUUAUGAAGAUAAGGGGCCAUGAACAAGUGAGUUCUUUUCCUCUUAUUUUGUUUAAUCAUAAAAUUUUAUGUUUGAAUAUGUCUAAAUUGGUACUUUGAGUUUAAAUAAGUGUACGAAUGUCAGCAAGAUAUCAUUCAUCU